AAAGAGCGUAUAAAGAAGGCUUUGACAUGAAUUGGACUAAUACGAUUCGCGCACCGACGAAAUAAGAGCCGGAAUCAUGAGGAAAUAUCAGAUUUACGUGAUUUGUUUUGUUGUUUUGGCUUUUGCCGCUGCCACAGCUACAAGAGUUUGCAGCAACAGAAAUAUCUUGUGCUCUGUGGUUAGAUCAACUAGUUGUUCAAAGAAAAUCGUUUCCAGUCAUUGCCCAAGGCUUUGCAACACAUGUGGAGCAAAAUGUCGAAACAUAAAGGCGUCAAUGCGCGUUGAUUGUGGCUACCAUGGAAUUAGUCCGUUGGAUUGCUUGAGAAAGGGAUGUUGUUAUGGCGAAUUAAAGGUGGCUGGCCCGUGGUGUUAUCAUCGAAAAGCAAACUGUCCCAUGAUUGAAGCAAACAAACGUGAAGAUUGUGGUUACCCUGGGAUAAGCAAAUCAGAUUGCGUCAAAAAAGGAUGCUGUUACAACGCGAUCAAGGAAAAGGGACCGUGGUGUUAUUACAGGCAAGAAAAAUGCCGGAAAAUAGCAGCAACAAGACGUCAUGAUUGUGGUUAUCCAGGCAUAACGAAGCGGGCAUGCGAGAAGAAAGGCUGUUGUUAUAGUGAAUUGCUAAACCAAAGUGGACCGUGGUGCUACCACCGCCUAGAAAAAUGUCUGCGCAAAGCAACAGAACGUGACGACUGCGGCUAUCCUGGUAUAACAGAAUUCGAAUGCAUGAAAAGAGGUUGCUGCUAUAAUUCAUUGCCCGGUCGUGGGCCAUGGUGUUAUUACCGAUGAGAUACGAGGACCUUCGGAAGAUUAUAUGCGAACUUUAGUGUACUCAUUGUUGUAAAAAUAUGUUGUCAAAUAAAUACCUCUAAUAUAUGAACUUUUCCUUCCCAAUAAGAUCCAGUAGGAGAUGAAUGAUUUGACUGCCAAUUUUCUUUUUGUCAUGUCGCUGCAGCCAACCACAUUUGAAUUAUUGCAUAGGGUGCCUUGAGUGUCCGUAUUUGCUGAAAGGAGUAGUAAGCGUUAUUUAGUAAAGCCUGAAAUCUUCUGGCGCCGCCAUACCCAGAAUCGCAAUGCAACCGUGCAAGCGUAGCGUGAGCAUUUCUAUCCAAGGCGUUAUUAACCGGCUAUUGCCGUUUUUUGCUACUUUGUCAACUUGGCAAUUCUGUCUCAUUCGGAGCCACAAUUUUGAUAGUCAAAAAUGUCAGGGCGGAUACGGAAAGCAUAAAUCUAAAUACAAAAAGGCUACUUUUGCGGGCGUUAUUAAUACAACAUAAAAUAACUUGUCUAUCUGUACCGAGAAAGUUUAUGCGAGGUCAAAAGCAUAGACCGAACAUGCGAGGUCGCUAUGCUGACCGAGAUUAAUAUUUCUCGUAAGAUGACAAGGUUGUAAAAAAAAUAGAGAACUUUCCAUUUGAGUUUUAUUGUUUCAAUUUUUCAAAUACAUGUUUAUCACAUAAAUUCGACGUUGUUUUGCUUGUUUUUCAUUGUGCUGUUAAUGUUUUUAAAAGCAUUUUCUUUUAUCUGCGACACCGAACGUGGAACAUGUUUUUUUGAUUCUGACGGAGUGAAUCGUGAUUUAGGAUUUACUGCAACUUCAUUUUUCAGUGUGGAUGUGUUUGGCUAUUUUUUCCAAUGUUAUUUGUAUGCAUUUAUAGUUAUUAAUAUGUAUGUUACAAGGUCAAAAGUUGCACCGGGCUGUAUGAAGCUCGUCGUUGAGGCUUUUACCCAAUCAGUGCUGUGGAUUUCCCGUAUAUACUGAUUUAAAAUAGCUAUCAGUAAAUAAUACUGUAUAAGGCCCGCUAGUGCCGUUUAUAACCAAGCCGUUAUCGAGGGUAUAUAAAUGACAGCGCAGGGGCAUUAAUGAAAAGUCAUGGGAUAAAAAUACUUAACGUCCAAUUGAAGCAGUGACGUUAAACGCACGUAUUUCAUUUCGACUACUCAUCUCCAGCAUUGUUCUUAAUAAGAAAUGUUAAUAGCAUAUUAAACAGGGAAACGUAUCCCUAGUUGUCAAAACAGGGUUACGUUGACGUAAAUUUUGAAGCAUAUUAGAAAAUUCUUUUUUUUUAUCUCUUCAUCCCUGACAAAAAAGGCGCACGAUGCAGCGCGUAUUGGUACUUAAAUCCGCAAAAUCGACCGUGUCUUGUGUGAAUGGACACCUUCUAGAUGUGAUGUAGUACGCAACAAAAAUAGUUUC